CGACCGGCAACGACCGCAACGCGGACUGGAUGGCCUCUUUGUGCCCGACGCUAACGGCCAUGCCGCUGAAGUACCUGGCCGUGCCAGGUAGAUAAAUGAGAUGGAGGGUACAGAGGGGAGGGGACGAAAGAGUUUCAUGAAGAAUGGACCAAAAGAAACAGCCCAAAAUGACUUGGAAAGACGUCUGGUUCCAUUGACUUACAUUAAAAGAUCCCACGACUCCUUCAGCUUUUGGGUGGAUGAGAACGCUCCGGUUGGCCCUGAUCAGAAGGCAUUCGUCAAGCACCUGGCCAUGAUUUUCCGUCUGUUGGCCAAGAAGGUGAUGAAGAAGUGGUCCAUGACUCAGAACCUCACCUUCAGAGAACAGCUGGAGGGCGGCAUUCGCUAUUUUGACCUCCGUGUCUCUUCAAAGCCGGGUGAGGAAGGCUGUGAGGUCUACUUCAUCCAUGGCCUGUUUGGCCACAAAGUGCGAGAUGGGCUCAUGGACAUUAACAACUUCCUCAACACGCACAGCAAAGAGGUCGUCUUUCUGGAUUUCAACCACCACUACGCCAUGGAGGAGGACCACCAUUGCUAUCUCAUCAACAUGCUGAAAGAGGUUUUUGGAUCCAAGCUCUGCAAGAUCAACGUGGUGGAGGACAUCACUCUGGAUUAUAUGUGGGAGAAGAAGUACCAGGUCUUGGUGUUCUAUCAUCACCCAUCUGCUAAGGGCUGUCCAGUUUUGUGGCCAGGAAGUAAAAUCCCAGCCCCGUGGGCCAACACCACUGACACCACCAAGCUUAUCCAGUUCCUGGAGACCACACUGGGAGAGAGAGCUAAAUACGGCAGCUUCCACGUGUCCCAGGCCAUCCUCACUCCUCGCAUAAAGACCGUCGUCGGAGGGCUGGUUAGGGGGCUGCGCAACUACCUUGUGGAGAAGAACCUGCCGAUCAUCAUGACGUGGGUGGAGGCGCAGAAGCCUGGUGAGAACGGUGUGAACAUCAUCACCUCAGACUUUGUGGAGCUGGUGGACUUUGCCAACACUGUGAUCCAGCUCAACAACCUACUCCUCCCUGACAAGGCAGUCACAUGACCUCUGCUGCAUCCUGCACUUCCCAGACCAUCAAAGAGAAGCUGGGGGUGGUCACAUGAUAACCAUGGAAACCAUAGAUCACAUGACCAUCACGGACAGAUCUCAUGAGGAGUGGAUUGUGUGACCACCGCAAAGACGAGUGCUCGAAGGAGCGGCGUCUCCAAGCCUAUACCUGUCGAAUAGGGGCUGCUGUCAAAUCCUGAGUCUCUGUGGCUAACAAUUAGAUUACCUCUCACGUGGUCAGAGACUGUGAUUUAUAUUUUAGCUUUCCAUUCAAAAGAGCUAUGAACUCUCUGUAAUAGACUUCACGUGGUGACUGUAGCUGAAAGCUAUUUUUAAGCUGUAACUGAAAAUGCAUGUGGGCAACCGGGAGCCUAAACCUGUCUGCAUUUAUUCUCACACAUGCAAACACUCACUCUCAAAGAAUGUACUGUAUUUAUAAUUGUUUAAUAUUAUUUAUCACAUUUUGGUAUUUUUCAAUAAACCUCUACUGCUUACCCUCUUAGUCUGCGGCAAACUGAAGAUGCUGGUGUGCAUCGGUGGGAUCAGGUUGUGGUUCUGCUACUACAGCCACAGUCUGUGUUGUUGUAUAUAUAAUAUAUAUAUAUAGGUAGGUAGGUGGAUGGAAGGAUGGAUGGAUAUGCAUUUGACUGCCCACCUUUGUAAGGGAUUAGUUGGAUAGUGAGAAUCAGAAAAUGCAACCAACCUGAUUGAACUUUGUGGAAAAAUAUCCC